CAAUAUAUAUGGCAAUCCAAAAGCACAUUGCACUUCUUCUACAAUUUUUGCUUGUUGCUCUUGUUUUUGACGUCGCCAAUGGCUAUCCGCUAAAGUUAGGAUUCUACCAAAAGACGUGUCCCAGAGCUGAAGCUAUUGUAAAAAGGACAACAGCAAACUACAUUUAUCGUGCUCCUUCUCUUGCUGCUGCUUUGCUCCGAAUGCAGUUUCAUGAUUGCUUUGUGAGGGGAUGUGAUGGUUCAGUGUUGAUAAACUCUACAAGAAAAAACCAGGCGGAGAAAGACGGAAUUCCGAAUCUUUCACUCAGAGGAUUUCAAGUUAUUGAUGCUGCAAAAACUGCUGUAGAAGCCGCAUGUCCUGGUGUUGUCUCUUGUGCAGACAUCCUAUCUUUGGUAGCACGAGAUGCAAUCCACCAGAUUAAGGGCCCAUAUUGGCCAGUGCCAUUAGGGAGAAGAGAUGGAAGAGUAUCAAUAGCUUCCGAGAGUUUUACACUACCUGCUCCUUUUGCCAACAUUACUCAACUCAAAGCACAAUUUGUCUCCAAGGGUCUCAGCGUUAAAGACCUGGCUGUUCUUUCAGGAGGACACACCGUCGGGAUUUCACAUUGCUCUACCAUUGCGACUAGGUUGUACAAUUUUACAGGCAAAGGCGACACUGACCCAUCCCUAGACCCGAGGUAUGUACCUCAAUUGAAAAGAAUAUGCUUUCCAACCGACAAAACCACACUCCUUGCAAUGGAUCCAGGGAGUUCAAAAUCAUUCGAUGAGGACUACUACAGUGUGGUCUUGAAAAGGAGAGGCUUGUUUCAGUCCGAUGCUGCACUUCUAAAUGACAAAACAACAAGCGCUUAUGUCAAGCUUCAAGCUAAGUCUCAUGGCUACACAUUCUUUAAAGAUUUCCAAGCAUCAAUGGUGAAAAUGGGACAAAUUGGAGUUCUUACCGGCAAGGUCGGUGAAAUCAGGAAACAUUGCGCUCUAAUAAACUAAAUGAGUUGAAGUAAUUAUGAUUUCCCUCAAAACUAACUAAAUUGAAGAGUGAUUUGAUUUGAAUAAGAGAGACAAAGGUAAGACAUCUUUGUUACUUUCACAAUAUUCCUUAUUUUCGAUCCAGUUUAUUGUUGCAUGAACUUUGGUGCUAUGUAAAUUUCGUCUGUCUUAGACCUAAAAUGUAUUCUUUUUGUAAAAGGGUGAUUUUGUUAUUGUUAUCAUGGAGUUUAGGAUUGA